AUGAAAAAGAAGAAGACGAAGGACGACGGAAAGCGUACCCAAAAACAGACCGGCAAAGACGUUGGCAUGUCACAGUUUCUCAAUCAAGGCAUGGGCCUGGUGAUGGCGCGUAACGUCAUGAUCCGGGAGAUGUUGACCAACAAUAGAAAGAUCUCGGAGCCGCUUCAGAAGAAGAAUGAGAGUUCAGAGGCGCUUCAGGAAGACAAGGAGAUCUUCGUGACUUUUGAGAAAUACAUGGAGACCGCGGAGACGCUUCAGAACGACAAUGAGAUCUUGAAGAUGCUUCAGCAAAACAAUGAGAUCUUGAAGAAGCUCCUUUGCAGCCCUACAGAGAAGAAUGGGGGUCACGGUCCUACAAGCUCCCAAAGCUGA